AUGUCACCGUGUAGUUCUUGCAUCUGUGUCCACCUUCUGCAAGACAUCACUGAUGACAGCAAGUCGAGAAGGUGUCAGCUCUGUCAUCGGCAUCACUCAUGAAGAUGUUUCUCAACAGGCCUUUGAAUGUUUGAUGGAUGUUCUCUACAGAGGCACGGACGUUAUCACCAAAGAAAAUGCAAAGGACAUUCUCAGGAUGUCCGUCUAUUUGCAGAUAAAGUUUCUGGAAGACCACUGCGUAGGAUUUCUUUGCAAAAACCUUAUUGUGGAAACUUGCUUGGAAAGUUGGCAGUUUGCUCAGAAGUAUGACCUCGAAGAUUUUGCUGAAGUGUGCUAUAAAAUGUCAGUGGAUAAGAUUAAAAUAACAGCACAGCAAGAGGAAUUGCUAGCCCUUCCCAAGUCUAUGGUCUUAAUUCUUCUGUCACUUCAGACACAACUGAGCGCUGAUGAUAUCUGCAAAACUGUAUUUUGCUGGGUGGAGGCCAAGCAAGACACCAGGGCUGUUCAUCUGAUAGAGUUUCUUCCCUUUGUGUGUUUUCCUUUAUUAAGUUCACAAUAUCUCUGUGAGUUGGUCGUCUAUUUUAAUCACCCUUUCCGAGAAGUUCUCUUCGACAAGAUAAACGACGCCCUGACCUACAACAUGAAAGGGGUUCAGAAUAGUGAUGCCACAGUCAGAAAGAGGAUACUGGCCCGACAGCCUCUGUUUCUCAACGCCAAAGAAGUUCAGUCGCGAGUUGUUAUGAUCGGAGGUUACGAAGAAGCCGACAAGCCGCUCAACCGUGUGAUUGUCUUCAACCCAGCGGACUACUUUUAUUAUCGAUACAGCCUGGCAUCUCUGCCUGAGGAUACGGGACUGGACUUUGCCAGCUGCUCGUGGAAUAACGAGGUUUAUGUCAGUGGAGGCUCCCAGCUGCCCAAGUUCUUUGCUGUCUAUAAACCAGGUGACAACGAGUGGGAGGUUCUGCCCUCGUUACCUGGUAACGGUCGAGAAAAGCACGCAAUGGCUGCCAAUAAUUCUAACAUCUUUAUCUUUGGAGGACUCGAGAAAAUCCCGAAAAGUAAGAAGGGGGAGAAAGUGGUAUCGUCCAGCAUUCUGAAGUACUGUGUAAAAAGUAAAGAAUGGAGCGUCUUUGGUCAGCUUCCUUUGGGUGUCCAGGAAGCUACCGCGGCUGUUCUGGGUCACCGGAUUUACCUGUUUGGCGGAGUAGGUGGUUCAAGAGAAAACACAGACAUGGUGCAGUGUGUGGACACACUAAGUGGUUUCGUCUACCAAGCCGGCAGACUUCCAUCGCCCAUGUCUGGAGCGCGAGCAGUGAGCAAUGGCGGACACAUCUACGUGGCGACACCUACAGGAGGCAUACUGCGCAUGUGGGAGAAGUUCUCCGUGGCCGAUGAAAUUGAAAAAGAAAAGUCGCAGGCAAACGAGCCAACGGUGAGAUUUAAGGAAAUGGCAAAGUUCACAGGACGAAGUAACUUCGGGGCUUGUCUGUACGCAAGGGAGCUAAUUGUGUGUGGCGGAGAAAACGAGGAACGACAACUGAUGGAUACAGUGGAGAGGGUCAGCGUAUUUGUUGAUAAAGCCCCGAAGGUCCAGAACACCAUUGCGCGUGGAGCUGCCAAAUUCGAUCUGCAUGUGGUGAACAUUCCAUUGACUCACCUCACAACUCAGGUUUAUUGAUGCUUUCAACGCCGUGAUGAUAAUACUUCUGUUAUCACCAUGAUAUUUAAAGGUCAAGGACACCCUGGGGUUGGUUACCUUGCGAUUCGAAGAAAAGCGUCAUCUAACCUGAGUUUUUAGACGAAGGCAAAUAUAUAUAAAAUAGACGGUUGAAAGAAACAUGGUAAUCGGCAGUGCACGCUGUUUCUCUAUAGAAUAAUUUAAGAAUACAUUAGCUCUUGCCUUGGCACAAAGUGGAGAAA